AUGGGAGUUAAGGAGGAUGAAGGGGAUAGUGCUGUCGCUAUGCCCGUUGAUGAGGAGUAUAAGGGUGGGAAUAAGUUUGCGCAGCAUAUGAAGAAGGAUGAGGGGGGUCAGAGUGCGUUUAGUAAGAGCAAGACGCUGCGCGAACAGAGAGAGUUCUUGCCGGCUUUUGCAGUCCGUGAGGAUCUAUUACGGGUUAUUCGUGAUAACCAGGUUAUUGUUGUUGUUGGUGAAACGGGCUCAGGAAAGACAACGCAAUUAACACAAUUCCUGCAUGAGGACGGAUACUCAAAGUUUGGUUUGAUCGGGUGUACACAACCUCGCCGUGUGGCUGCUAUGAGUGUCGCGAAACGUGUUAGUGAGGAAAUGGAAGUGGAUCUUGGCAGUUCUGUCGGAUAUGCAAUUCGAUUCGAGGAUUGCACCAGCGAUGAAACGGUCAUCAAAUAUAUGACGGAUGGUGUCCUUCUACGAGAAUCAUUAGUUCAACCGGAUCUCGACAAAUAUUCUUGCAUUAUUAUGGACGAGGCACACGAGAGAGCAUUGAACACCGAUGUCCUGAUGGGUCUUUUGAAAAAGGUCCUAACAAGAAGAAGGGAUUUGAAGUUGAUAGUCACAUCAGCGACUAUGAACGCGGAACGGUUUUCGCGCUUCUACGGCGGUGCGCCAGAAUUCAUCAUCCCCGGGCGAACCUUCCCGGUUGAUGUUCAUUUCUCGCGCACCCCUUGUGAGGACUAUGUCGACAGUGCAGUCAAGCAGGUCUUGGCUAUCCAUGUUUCGCAGGGACCAGGUGAUAUCCUUGUCUUUAUGACAGGACAAGAAGACAUUGAAGCGACGUGCGAGUUGGUUGAUGAACGGCUGAAAAUGUUGAAUGACCCACCAAAGCUCAGCAUCUUGCCCAUAUACAGUCAAAUGCCGGCGGAGCAACAAGCGAAAAUCUUCGAAAGAGCUGCCCCUGGUGUUCGCAAGGUGGUCGUCGCGACAAACAUUGCUGAAACGAGCUUGACUGUCGACGGUAUCAUGUAUGUCGUCGACUCUGGAUACUCCAAAUUGAAGGUCUACAACCCCCGGAUGGGUAUGGACACGCUUCAAAUAACGCCGAUCUCCCAAGCCAACGCCAACCAACGAUCUGGAAGAGCGGGACGAACAGGCCCGGGAAAGGCCUACCGUUUAUUCACAGAAAUGGCGUAUAAAAACGAACUCUACCUGCAGACGAUUCCCGAAAUCCAACGAACCAGUCUUUCCAACACAGUACUUCUCCUCAAGUCACUCGACGUGAAAGACCUCUUGGACUUCGAUUUCAUGGACCCCCCACCGCAAGAGACAAUCACGACCUCCUUAUUUGAACUCUGGUCUCUAGGAGCCUUAGAUAACCUCGGAGACCUAACGCCACUAGGCCGCAAAAUGACACCCUUCCCAAUGGACCCACCCCUCGCCAAACUCCUCAUCACAGCAUCCUCAGAAUACGAAUGCAGCGAGGAAAUGCUUACCAUUGUCUCCAUGCUCUCCGUCCCAAGCGUCUUCUACCGCCCCAAAGAACGCCAGGAAGAAUCCGAUGCCGCGCGCGAGAAGUUCUUCGUCCCUGAAUCCGACCACCUAACCCUCCUGCAUGUCUACACACAAUGGAAGUCCAACGGCUACUCAGACUCAUGGUGCAAUAAGCACUUCCUGCAUUCAAAGGCCCUGCGACGCGCGAAGGAAGUCCGUGAGCAGUUGCAUGAUAUCAUGGUUGCGCAGAAGAUGCCGCUUGUCAGCUGCGGGACGGACUGGGAUGUUGCUCGGAAAUGUAUCUGCUCUGGGUUCUAUCAUCAGGCUGCUAGGGUGAAGGGUAUUGGGGAGUUUAUUAAUCUGCGGACGAGUGUGACUAUGCAGCUUCAUCCGACUAGUGCUCUGUACGGUCUUGGAUAUGUACCUGAGUACGUGGUGUAUCACGAGUUGAUUCUCACUGCGAAGGAGUACAUGUCGACCGUCACUGCCGUGGAUCCACACUGGCUCGCCGAACUCGGUGGUGUCUUCUACUCCGUCAAAGAGAAAGGCUACUCGCAACGCGAACGCCGCGUCACAGAACUAGAAUUCAACCGCCGCAUGGAAAUCGAGGCCCAAAUCGCCGCGGACCGUGAGCGCGCCACCGCUGAUAAACAGCGCGAACAGGAACGCAACGAUCCCUCAAGACGAAAACGUGAGGUGGAGGUGGGUUCGUCAGUUGUGCGACGGCCUGGUGUCGGUGCUAGGAGGAUUGGGGGGAUUACUGCGUCGUCUUUGUCGUCUGGUGCUAGUGCUGGUGCUGGUCGGGGUGGAGGUGGAGGGAGUGUUGUGAAGAGGCCGCAGGUGAGGAAGAGGGGAGGAAGGGCAUUCUAG